AUGGUGGCGUCUCGCAGGUUCAAGCCCAUCGAGGAGUGCUCCUCGGAGGGGCGGUCGGAGCAGACGGUGGCGGCCGACCUGGACGGCACGCUGCUCAUUUCCCGGAGCGCGUUCCCCUACUACCUCCUCGUGGCGCUGGAGGCCGGGAGCGUCCUCCGCGCCGCGCUGCUGCUCCUGUCCGUGCCCUUCGUCUACGUCACCUACAUCUUCUUCUCCGAGUCGCUGGCCAUCAGCACGCUCGUGUACAUCUCCGUCGCGGGGCUCAAGGUGCGCAGCAUCGAGAUGGUGGCGCAGUCCGUGCUCCCCAGGUUCUAUGCGGGCGACGUGCACCCGGAGAGCUGGAGGGUGUUCAGCUCCUUCGGCAAGCGCUACAUCAUCACGGCCAGCCCCAGGAUCAUGGUCGAGCCCUUCGCCAGGGCCUUGCUCGGCGCCGACAAGGUCGUCGGGACCGAGCUGGAGGUCGGCAAGAACGGCAAGGCCACGGGGUUCAUGGUCAAGCCCGGCGUGCUCGUCGGCGACCACAAGAAGAAAGCCGUCGUCAAGGAGCUGGGCGACGCCGUGCCCGACGUCGGCAUGGGGGAUAGGGAGACCGACUUCGACUUCAUGUCCAUCUGCAAGGAGGCCUACCUGGUGACGUCUAGGAAGUACAGCCCGGUGCCCAAGAACCAGCUGCUGAGCCCGCUCAUCCUACACGACGGUCGCCUCGUGCAGCGCCCGACGCCGCUCGUCGCGCUCGUCACCUUCCUCUGGAUGCCGUUCGGCUUCGCGCUCGCGCUCAUGCGCGUGUACAUCAACCUGCCGCUGCCCGAGCGCAUCGUCUACUACACCUACAAGCUUAUGGGCAUCAGGCUCAUCGUCAAGGGCAACCCGCCGCCCCCGCCCAAGAAGGGCCACCCGGGCGUCCUCUUCGUCUGCAACCACCGCACCGUGCUCGACCCCGUCGAGGUCGCCGUGGCGCUGCGCCGCAAGGUCAGCUGCGUCACCUACAGCAUCUCCAAGUUCUCCGAGCUCAUCUCGCCCAUCAAGGCCGUCGCGCUGUCGCGGGAGCGUGAGAAGGACGCCGAGAACAUCCGCCGCCUGCUGGAGGAGGGCGACCUGGUGAUCUGCCCCGAGGGCACCACCUGCCGCGAGCCCUUCCUGCUGCGGUUCAGCGCGCUCUUCGCCGAGCUCACCGACCGCAUCGUGCCCGUGGCGAUCAACACCAAGGAGAGCAUGUUCCACGGCUCCACCGUGCGCGGGUUCAAGCUCAUGGACCCCUACUUCUUCUUCAUGAACCCGCGGCCGACAUACGAGAUCACGUUCCUGACCCAGCUCCCCAAGGACCUCACAUGCAGCGGCGGCAAGUCGCCCAUCGAGGUGGCCAACUACAUCCAGCAGACGCUCAGCGGACAGCUUGGCUUCGAGUGCACCACCAUCACGCGCAAGGAGAAGUACGGCAUACUCGCUGGCACCGACGGCCGUGUCCCGUCCAAGAACAAGGAGAAGGAGAAGGAGAAGGAGAAGAACUAA